UGGAAAAUACACGAAAUGUUCCGAUAAUUAGCAGCUUUGCUUUUUUUGGUUUUUAAGACUUUCCAACUUGCCAACUGAAAUCUCUUGCAAAAGAAAUUGAUAUGUCGUUACGACAUCAACAUAGAAAAAGAAGACCACUCUAUGCUCUAUUACAAUCAAGACAACUUGGUGACAACGUUAAAGAAGGAGAUUCGAACAGAACAUGCUCGUCUCUAUUUUCAAACUUUCAAUCCAUUUAUACUUGGGAUCCCACAAAAUCAGAUAGUUGUCAUCAUGGUGGAAUUUUUAACUUUGAUUUUUCUCCGAAUGGGUCUCUACUAGCUGCAGCAUGUGAAGGUCACAGCGUCCUGAUGUUUGAUCCAUUCACACAUAAAUUAGUCAAAGAAGUUAACAAGGCUCACGAUGAUUGUGUAAACUGUGUUAGAUUUUUAGAUUCUAGGCUGCUUGCAACAUGUUCUGAUGAUAAUAAUGUGGCAUUAUGGGAUAUUCGUUACUUAAAAACCAGACUUCAUCUUUUAUGUGGUCAUACUAACUGGGUUAAAAACAUUGAAUAUGCAUCAGAUUGUGGUAAACUUGUUACGUCUGGAUUUGAUGGAAAUAUUUUUACCUGGGACAUUAACAGUUACUGUGAUGGUGCUAUUCAGGGACAAAAAGUGUUUUCACAUAAAAUGUUGAUGAGAUCGAAACUGUCACCAGACGGUUCAAAACUUAUAGUUUCAACACAGGAAGGCAAAAUUAUUCUGAUUAACAAUCUGGAUCUGAAUCAUCUUGCUGAAGACAUGAAAGAAUUUUUACCUCAAAGACUCUUUACACGUAGAGUUCAACGGGAUAGUUCUAUCAGGAAUAGAAAACAAAGGAAUGAUUUUGAGAUGAUUAAUGAUUGGCCAAUGGGCAACGGUGCUGGUGACAUAGCCUCUAUACAGAUUCACCCUCAGGGAUGGUGUGUUUUGUCACGUAAUGUAAGCAGAGAUUACAAGUCGGAGUGGACCUGUGUUCAUGAUGUUCAAGAUUAUGAUCCUGAUACAGAGGAAGAUAUGCAGGAGGAGUCUGAUUCUAGUCAAAGUAAUGUACCAGUAGAGGAAACCAGUAUUAAUCCAACACCAUCUGUACAACAAAACAGUGUACCUUACUUACUGCUGACAUCAGAACUAGAUUCUCCACUGUCUCCAGGAUCUGAGACAAGCAAUGAUGCAACUUUUGGUACUGUUGAAAGACAGACACUUGCUAACGGAUUCCAUCCACAACGGAUCAGUGUAGACAAUGUUUCAAAUAGUGAAACAGAAUCUUCCUCUGAUGAAACAGAGGGUACAGGUUUAUCACUCUUCAAUAACAGGUCACUUGAAAUAUUAAGUAUGAUUGGUGCUUUUGAGUUUGAAAAUGGUGAACCACCUCUUACUUUUCAUCAGAGACUUUCAGGAUUUAGCUUAGGUAAUAGAGACAAGACACGAAACAGACUUCUACAUUAUAUAGAGGAACCUAAUGUAGGCCGAGGGUUUAUAAAGGAGUUAUGUUUCAGUAACGAUGGCAGACUUGUUUGUUCACCAUUUGGAUAUGGGGUUCGAUUGUUAUCUUUUGACCCAGAUUGUAGUGAACUUUGUGAUAUAGCACCAUUGUCUAGUCCUAUCCAACCAUUGAGGAUGUAUGAGGUUGAGAACUGUCUUUCCCAUAGUAAUGUUGUAGUGACUUGUAAGUUUUCACCACAACAUUGUAUGUUUGUAUCAGGAUGUCUUAGUGGUAAAGUGGCCUUUCAUCAACCAGUUUUAUAACAGUGUUUCCAUGCAGUCAUCAAGUUUCCUUACCUCAUAUCAAUACCAAUAAAUAAGUCAACUCUUAAAUAGUCUGUCUUUGACAGUUGAAGGAUUAAUAUACCAAACAUUUUUUCUACCUGUUACACCAAAGACUUUUAAUUUGUUUUUGUUUUAGACAUUCAGGGAUUUCAUGGGGGAUUCAAAAUACAUAUUUUUGUGGUGAAGCUUUGCAAAUCUUGUUCAGUCACAAAAUAAAUUAUUUGUACAAAAACAAUGCUUAAAUUAUUUUGUUAGAUAAGUUUCCAGUAUAAUGACUGCAUGAUUUGUAUUUAUGUAUUUUUUAUUAUGUCAGUUCAAGCAUAUUCAAAGAAAAUUUGAAAUCAUUUUGUGAAUUUUUCUCAUUAUUAUUACAUACUAUAUAUGUCUCUGGUUUUAUUAUAACUGUAAAAAGCGUGAAGGGCCUAAUUUUGUCAAUCAUGUUAUUACUAGUGCCAGCAUCCCAAUAAAAACACAUAUAUAAGCAAAACAAUACUGUUACAAAAUAUUUUCCUUGCUGCCACAAAGGUUCAUUUAUAUAUUCCAGAGAAAUUUAUACAAACAGUCAAACCUGUAUUAAGCUGUCACUCAUGGGAAGUAUUAAAAGUGACCGCUCAAGGAGAGGUGACCUUGUAAAUGAGGUUCUGAAAAAAAAAAAAAAUUUAAUUGGACAUUGCCCGUAGCUGGGAUUUGGCAAAUUGUUUUAGUGUUUUCAAUUGAUAGAGUAACUAUUCUUGGGUAAGUCAAUAAAAAAAUGGCAUAUUCCAGCUUUAUUAGUUGGAAGAAAACUUUUUAAAAUAUAAUAAUAUUCGUGGAAAAAUAAGUCCGAGAUACUGUUUUCAACGCCAUUUAUUCAUGAAUUCACCUCAUUGUCUGAUUUCGGUUUCAAAUUGGUUCAGAUUGUCAUUUUGACUUCAAUACUGAACACAUAUGUUUUUGUCAUUAUUAUAUUGGUAGUAAAAAACGUUAAAAUAGUGAUUUAGUGCGAAAAUAAGGUGCCCCUGAAUUGGUAAUUUUAAGAAAAUUUUGCAGCUUUUGGUUAUUAUCUUGAAUAUUAUUAUAGAUAGAGAUAUAAACUGUAAACAGCAAUAAUGUUCAGCAAAGUAAGAUCUACAAUUAAGUCAACUUGACCAAAAUGGUCAGUUGACCCCUUAAGGAGUUAUGCCCUUUAUAGUCAAUUUUUAACCAUUUUUCGUAAAUUUUUGUAAUCUUUUACAAAAAUCUUCUCCUCUGAAACUACUAAGACAAAUUUAACCGAACUUGUCCACAAUCAUCAUUAGGGUAUCUAGUUUAAAAAAUGUUUCCGAUGACCCCGCCCGCGAACCAAUAUGGCUGACAUGGCUAAAAAAUAGUACAUAGGGUAAAAUGCAGUUUCUGGCUCAUAUCUCUGAAACCGAAGCAUUUAGAGCAAAUCUGACAUGGGGUAAAAUUGUUUAUCAGGUCAAGAUCUAUCUGCCCUGAAAAUUUCAGACCAAUCAGGCAACAUGUUGUUGGGUUGCUGCCCCUGAAUUGGUAAUUUUAAGGAAAUUUUGCCGUUUUUUUGGUUAUUAUCUUGAAUAUUAUUAUAGAUAGAGAUAAACUGUAAACAGCAAUAAGGUUCAGCAAAGUAAGAUCUACAAUUAAGUCAACUUGACCAAAAUGGUCAGUUGACCCCUUAAGGAGUUAUUGCCCUUUAUAGUCAAUUUUUAACCAUUUUUCGUAAAUUUUUGUAAUCUUUUACAAAAAUCUUCUCCUUUGAAACUACUAAGACAAAUUUAACCAAACUUGUCCACAAUCAUCAUUAGGGUUUCUUGUUUAAAAAAUGUGUCCGAUGACCCUGCCUGCGAACCAAGAUGGCCGACAUGGCUAAAAAUAGUACAUAGGGCAAAAUGCAGUUUUUGGCUCAUAUCUCUGAAACCAAAGAAU